AUGGAUCACACAUCCCUCCUCCAUCCCGCACGGCACACCAGGAACACAACCCCAACACCCCAGCUGAGCGUGAGGCUCUGGCACCACCUGCGGGUGACGCGGCUGUCACACCGCGCGUCCCCGCGGCCGCUCCUCUCUCGGGCUCGCCGUAUGUGGCCCCUGGGCGAGCCCUGGGUCGGCCAGCAGCGCAUCCAUCCCUCUCCCCGGGCCAGGCGCUUCCCACCACUCCACGAACCGGGUAGGCGAGGGGCGCCUGAGGGGGAGCGGCCAUGGCCCCGCCCCAUUCCCACGCAUGCGCAGCGGCCCGGCAAUAUGGCGGAGCUGGAGGAGCCGAGGCGGCGGAUCCCGCUGGUGCCGGAGAACUUGCUGAAGAAGAGGAAGGCGUACCUGGCCAUCAAGGCCACCCAGGCCAAGCAGGCGCUGCUCAACAAACGUAAGCAGCAGAAGGGAAAACAGAUCCAGUUCAGGCGGCUGGAGACCUUUGUUCGGGAUUCGUGGCGCAAACGCCGGGAUGACACUCGGCUGAGGCGCAUGGAGCAGAGGCCUGGGCAGGCAGCAGCACCUCAGGAGAGCAAACUGGCUUUCGUUGUGAGGAUUGUGGAUAUUAAGGGAGUGACUAAGAGGGUGAAAAGAGUGAUUGAGUUGCUGCAGCUGAGGAAGAAUUACACUGGGGUAUUUGUGAAGCUGAGCCCGCUGUCGCUGAAGAUGCUGCGGAUUGUGGAGCCUUAUGUGGCGUGGGGACAGCCUAACCUGAAAUCUGUAAGAGAGCUCAUCCUGAAACGGGGCCAAGCCAAGAUCAAGAGAAAGAGGGUGCCUCUGACAGACAACAUGCUGAUAGAGGAACAUUUAGGGGGCUGUGGUAUCAUUUGCCUGGAAGACCUUAUUCAUGAAAUCUACUCAACUGGGAAGUAUUUCAAAAGAGUAACCAGCUUUCUGUGGCCGUUCCACCUGUCGGUGGCUCGCCACGCAUCGCGGAACAGAGUGGGUUUCCUCAAGGAGAUGGGCAAGCCUGGCUACAGAGGUGAUGCAAUCAACCAGCUCAUCCGUCAGCUCAACUAGUCAGGGUUUUUGUGAAAACUUCAGGAUCUAUGACCUGUUCCUUUUCACAUGUACCUUUCAUGGACAUUAUCUAUAUGCAGUGAUCUGUAUGCAACUUCUCUUGACUGCUGGUGCCUCUAUAAAAGAAGAAAGACGGAUAUGAUGAUGGAGAUGGACUUUGGGCUGGCCCUUCUUAAAGAAGAAGAUAAAUUGUGUUUGGUACAAGAAAGAGCUUCUUGGAUCACUUUUGCAUCUCUGUAAAAUAAGUGUUUUUUAUGUUCACUACUGCAGACUUCACUCUUUGAUGUGCACCUGCUUCUGGGGGUGAAAGGGGUAGUGCAGUCACAAUUGUGCUGACAGGCAAAAGAAAACACCGUGCUCUGUUACUGCAGCACAAGCCCUAGCAGUGAGUUAUGUCACUUGUUAAGUACCUGGAUUGUAUUUAUUUUUAAAAAUUAAGGGUUUUGUGCUCCUGAUUUAAAAAGCCUUUUUUUUUUUUUUUUUUCUUCUGCUAGAUUGGGACUGCUGGGGAGAAUUAUUUCCUGGAAAUAGGAAAACCCAAAAAGAUUGUAAUACAGUCCUGGGGUAGGGUAUAUGUAAUCGAUGUUUUUUAAAUAAACUUCUGAAAUUA